AUGAUUGCACCCCUCCUGCUGUCUUGCUGCAGCUGCCUCUUGGCCCUUGGGUGUGGGGUGUCUUUUCCGAUGGGUUCCAACCUUCUCCUGUCAGUGGUUGUUCUGCAGCAAGUUGCAACUUCUCAGAAGACGAGGGCCCGUCUUUCUACUCUACCUUCUUCACUGCUGUAUUAUUGUAUACGUAUAUGGGUAAAAGGACACAGUGACCGCAACAACUUCAUCUCAGACACACGAGAGAAUCCAUUACAUACACACGGACAGGGAGAGAGUGAUAGAGCAAGUGUGGUAAGAUGUUACUAUUUGGAAACACUGGGUGAAGGAUAUACAGGAAUUAUUUGUAGUAUUUUUGCCUACUCUUUUAUAUCUAACUUCAAAAUGUUUUCUAAAAUGUUUUCAACUUCAGUGUUAUUUUUCUUAUGUCCCCAUACUGAAUAG